GCCUUGAGCAAAGAAAGUUCCGAUGAUUCCUUCGUCAAAAACUUGAGAUCCAUUCUCAACAAGCUCACGGUGGAGAAGUUCGAUACUUUGUCGGAUCAAAUCAUCGAACUGGUUUCGCAGUCGGACCGUCCAAACCGUGGAAUUCCAUUGCUUAUGCAAUUGGUCUUUGAGAAGGCCACCACCCAGCACCACUUCAUCAACAUGUAUGUGGGCUUGUGUGUCAAGCUACACAAGUGGCUGACGGAAAAUGAUCACAUCGACGGUGCUGAGUCGCAAAGCAACUUCAAGCGCGUGCUUCUGAAUCAAUGUCAAUCUUCCUUCGAGCAGUAUUUGGAGCCUCCUGAGGGCUUUGAUGGUCUGACAGGGGAUGAUCUUUACGAGGCUCAGGUCAAGUACAAGACGAAGAUGUUGGGAAACAUCCGGCUAGUUGGUGAGCUCAUUCGCCACGGGAUGCUUGCGCCAAAGAUCGCCAUCGCCGUGGCAUCAGAGCUUGCUAGAGAUGAUCCUGCAGUGCGCAGCGAGCGCCUGGAAACUCUAGCAACCUUCUUGGAGACGGUGGGUGUCGCCCUUGAUGAUCCAAGCUGGAAGCAUCACCACGAGCUCGAGCUGGUUUUUGAGCAGGUUACUCGGGCUUGUUCCGACCAGACAGUGCCUCGACGCGUUCGCUGCCUGCUCCAGGACGUGCUUGACCUGCGAAACGGCGGAUGGAAGUCGAAACGGCGGAAAGACCUCAGCAAGGAAACACCACAGACGCUUGCACAAGUUCAUGAGAAGGCGAAAGCAGACCAAGCCACUAGACGGGAUACCAGCAAAAGCUUGUGUCCGACUCGGGGUCUGCCGUCGGGUGCAGUGAUUUUCUUGACGGAUGGGAGCAAAUGCGUCCCUUGA